AAGACGAGCAAAAAGCGAGAGGGGUGUUUUUUAUUUUUCAGAUUAAAACAUUUUUUUAUAAAAAUAGACGUUUACAAAAAUAAAAUUUGGAAUACCACCUCCCAGCCCCCGGGUAAUCUGAUACCGGGGGAUCAUUGUUUUAAACGUUUAUAUUGAUGCUGCCAAAACAUUUGUAAUUCUCCACUUCUUCUUCUUUACGCAGCCUGAACAGACUUGACUGACAUUGAUUGACAUUGUGUUGUCAUGGAAGCGUUUUAUUUAAAAUCCGUCUUGUCCUUUUACUAGUAAAUCGAAUAUUGCCAAACAAGCUUGUACUUUCUCAGCAAGACUACUCAGAAAAGAGUAGUGACCAUAUUUCACCAACAUUAAGAUAGCUUUAAAAGUUACUCCCAGUUUGUUAACAGGUCAUUGUCAAAAGAACAGACGUUCACAAUUAUAACAUCAGAUUGAUCAUCAUAUAACAUUCAUCUGCKCACAUGUAACACCGAAAUUGCAAAAAGAUCAGUUCACCUAUCGUGGUGGAACUCUAUACCAGAGGACAUUCCAAACAUGAAAUGUGUGAAACAAUUUAAGAAAUCUUAAGGAGUGUAUCUCUCUGUUAUUUUAUUCAAUGACCAGARAAAAAUUUCAGUCAAAAACAGUAAAAAAAGGGAAUUUUUGCGUGAUCGCUACUUCUGAACUACCAUUAUAUAUUCCCUUAAAACUAAAUGAMAUAUACUUUUACACAGCCACAGAGACAAUAAAAUAUUUGACCCCCUGCAGCAAAAUUAAAAGAUCGGUCUCCUCUCUUUGUAACUACUAUACAUUUAAUUUACGAUUUUAAUUUACUUUUUAAGUGAGUGGGGGAAUGGUCGCGAGAAGUCCACCAGUGACUAUUUUGUGACAACAGGUUGGACGAGAAAGCGUCAAUCAAACGUUCAUUGCUGGUAGAGCUGGUAGGGCAAAAAUUGAACUCUUUCUAAAUGAACACAAAUUUGAAAUGGUAAUGCAUUUUCUAAAAUAUCUCUAACAGCAAGUUUCUGAAUUUUUUUUUUAAAAAGUUAAGGUUUAUGCUGUGUAACGUCAUAACACGACAGGCUUGAUGAUGAAUUUGUUCUCAUCGAGAAAAUGCAGGCAAUUGAUUUCUGCCGUGAUCAUAAUGCUCACAUUGAUUACUAUGCUCGCUUGGUAUAACAAUCCAAUGGUUCACGAAAACGUUUCAUCUAUUGAACAAAACACGGAUGUAAACCGUCCAGAGUAUUUUGCAGCCCAUCGGGCCUUCAUUAAAAGAGAAAAUACUGAGACAAGUAUAUAUCAGUAUGUAGAAGAACAACCAGCUGGCAAAGGAAGUAAUAUAGAAGAAUAUCAACGACUGAGAAGUUUCCUAGCAACACAAGGCACAAUCUGUAAGAAAAUCCAAAGAAUCGGHGGAGCACCUGAUCAUCGUCCUUAUGGCCCUGACGGAGCAUGGGACGUUUGUUUUGAUGUUGAUGUAGGACUAGUACCCGAGUCAUGUAUUGUAUAUUCAUUUGGAAUUGGUAAAGAUUUUAGCUUUGACGAUGGCAUGGCACAUCAUGGAUGUAAAGUGUACUCCUUCGAUCCUACUAUCGGAAAACAAGAUUACCAGCAUGCACAGCGAGUAUAUUUCUUCAACACGGGACUAGCUGACCAUGAUCAAGAGGGUAAUGGCAAGGUUGCGGUAGAUCCUCCAUUUUCAGAGUGGAAAACUAGAACUCUAGCUUCUGUCAUAAAAGAUUUAAAUCAUAGCGAGAUCGUUAUUGAUAUUGUCAAAAUGGACAUUGAAUCAAGUGAAUGGUCGUCUUUAUAUCAAAUGUUACAGGAUGGUACAUUAUAUCGCAAAGUCAGACAGUUGAUAGUCGAGUUUCAUUUCAUGAGUAAUGAACCAUCCGAGUUGAGAAGGUAUUACAGUAUCAUUCAAUGGCUUACGCGACAAGGAAUCAAAGUGUCCAGUUUACAUCAAAAUGUAUAUUGCACGCAAUGCCUUGAGAUGUCCUUCAUAAACACUAAACUUCGUCAGGAAUAUAAUUCAACAUUAUGGGGUGACGUUUUUGCUUGGUAGCCCUUCGGGGUACGAGAGAACGCAAGGAAACCAUUUCAUCUUCCGU